AUGUCUCUCUGCACCGAAAUUCAUGAACCACAAUAUAGAUCCCAACAGAGAAGGGACUACAAGACCCAGCCCGUCCGUAAGCGCAUCAUCAUCUGCUGCGAUGGAACAUGGCAAUCCGCCGUUUCAGGCAAGAAAAACGUCCCAUCUAAUGUGACGCGUCUCUGUCGCGCUCUCAACAGUGUCGGAACCGACGAAGAUGGGAAUCAAUGGCAGCAAAUAGUCUGGUACGAUUCCGGGAUUGGUACGACGUCAGGUCCUUUGGGACAAAAGAUCGAGGGUGCUAUCGGCCUAGGCCUGGAAGGAAAUGUCAUCGAAGCGUAUAAUUUUUGUGUCCUGAACUACAGACCCGGCGAUCAGAUAAUGUGUUUUGGUUUCUCGAGGGGUGCUUAUACGGCCCGUGCCAUUGCCGGGUUGAUCUCCGAUGUUGGUAUUUGCAGUAAACAGGAUUUGAAUCGGUUUCCCGAUCUCUGGGCAGUUUAUAAGAAACAUCCGCCCGGCGAGCGGUUCUAUUGCAGUGAUCUCUGGUUCGAGUGGAUGGAUGGGAAGGCGGAUGAGAACCAGGGUGCUCGAGGCGAGACGUUCAUUUUUGAACAGCGUCCGGAGGGCGAUUGGGCCCAGGAGGGGUCAAGGGAUGUGGAAGUUGUUGGUGUCUUUGAUACAGUCGGCGCUAUUGGACUACCAGAGGUGCUGGGGAUAAGAUUGCCAUCUUGGUUGUUGUGGUGGGCAGGUAAGGAUGGGUGGGAGAAUGUUGGGCUUUCACCUAAUGUCAAACAUGCAUUUCAGGCUUUGGCCCUCGAUGAACACCGCAACGCCUUCUCGCCUACUCUGUGGUAUCUCCAUAAACUUGGAAACGUCACGUCAGGGCAGAUAAAAGAUCAGAAGAAGAUGGUUGAUCAGGAAGCUCAAAAAUGGGAGGACCUCUUGCAAGAUGCAAUCCAUCUCAAGGGUAGCGGCAGGGCUAGCGAUAGGGAUGUCAACAACGCAGCCCGAUCGUUAAACCAAACCGCCAGAGCCUUGAACCAGGAGGCCCGAAAGCUUCUCAAGUUGGAAGAUGACCACAAGCACCAGCACCACCCUCGAACCUUGACACAAGUGUGGUUCCCUGGUUAUCAUAUUCAUGUUGGCGGAGGCUCAAGUGAUACCCUCAAAAGUGAGGGUGACAUGGAAGAAAUGUCCAACAUCACCUUCUCCUGGAUGCUGGACCAGAUCAAACCCUAUCUGUCCCUCAACGAAAAGUACAUCUCCGAGGAAAGAGAAGAUAGGGACUACCACAUUUCAACGCUUGUCGAAACUACAGUCCAUAAGGAGUCCUGGAGAGGUUGGGUUCAACAAAAAGCUGCAGCAAUAGCAUCGGCUUUCAAACUCAAAUAUCCCCCCCUGCCUUCCGUUCAGUCUGUGGACAAGCGACGCAGCUAUGGUUGGGGAACAGGCCCGCUGGAAGACAGCUUUACGCCAUUUUACUACGCAAACGGGUCACGGAAGCGAACACCUGGACGCUACGAUCCGUUGGACAAAGAUGGACAUCGGUUAGGAGAGACGUUCGAGUUUAUUCAUCCAGUGGUGGGAUUUCGGGAGAAGCAUGUCAAGGCUUAUACGCCGAUUGGCCGUGAUGUCAAGUUUGCCCGUCGGAGAGCUCUUGACGAGCAGGGCCGCCCUGGUUAUGUUUAUGACCUGGGAGAUUCACGCAAGCCCUUACCGGAGUGGCGCUUAGGAGGGCUGAACUCUUUUGAGAGGCUCGCCAUCAGUGGCAAGGCUGCAAAUGAUUAUGUCGACGAACUAGAUCGAUAUUUGCAGACUGGGAUCACGACACAAUGCCGAUCUAUUGGGGGAAUUCGAGAUAUUGACCAUGGGAUUGAAAUGCCCGAAAAUGGGGACUUGCGACAGGGGGACUUCACAUCAGAGAGAUCUCACCACCAAAGUCUUCAAUUUGGGAUUCAGAGUCCACAAUGGAAGAGCAAAGAUGUUUCAUACAGCCAGGAAACUGUGACUCCCAUACGAUAG